AUGAAAAGCGCUGAGAACAAUGAAUUAGAAGAAGAAAGUGCAAAAAAACAAAAGAAGUAUGAUGUAAUCUUGAAUGAAGAGCAACUUGAAUUAGACAAAGCCUUGGAGACUGAGCAUGAGACCGACCAUGAGACCGAGUAUGAGACCGACCAUGAGACCGACCAUGAGACCGACCAUGAGACCGACCAUGAGACCGACCAUGAGACCGAGCAGCAACCAGAGCCAGGGAUGAUCCGGAGCUGUCAAUGGGCAGCUGAGAUUCUAAAGCCAAAAGAAAAGCUAAGAAUCAGCCGCGGAUCAGAGAUAUUCAAUAUUCAUAAGAAAUACUGGCAAUACAUGCUGGUUAUUAAAGCACUGGAUCGAACGCAGCGCAUCCCAGAAGGCAUAUUGAUAAUAGAAUAUUGA